GAGCUGUUUGGAAACUGCGUUCAAUUUCAAGCAAAUACUCACCCCAAAAUAUUAUUAUUUAUACUUUUUUAUACCCUUUUACAAACCCGUAUGACUUUCUUCUCUGGAACACAAAAGGAGAGCUUGCCAGAAUUAGCUUAAGUCACCAUUUAAUUUUAUGUAGGUAACUAACUCUAAUGACAGUAAAUGGUGACUGAGGCUCCUUUAAAUAAAAAGUAGUAGGCCUAGCUCCUCACAACACCCUGAUUGGUUAGUAGGGCAGGAUAGUGGGGCCAAUUAAUGACCCCUGGUUUACAACAAACCGCUUCAAUGCGUUCAUGCAUUGCCACAAUAACAAAUGUAGUGCUUAUCCCCUAAAUAAGGGCCAAAAUAGGACACUGAUGGCUUUACUAGCUGUAAUUGUGCUUUUUGUUGUAAGAUGCUGUAGCACAUUGUCAGCUGAAGAGCCCUUGUCCUCUAAUGAAGCCAGUAGUACAGACGCCACUUAUGGCUUUGUGGCCUGUGUGAUUGCAGUGCUUUUGUACGGAAGUUAUUUUGUUCCUGUUAAAACAGUUAAUACUGGAGAUGGAAUGUUUUUUCAGUGGAUUUGCUGUUCAGCUAUAUGGUUUGUUGGACUGGUUACGGACACAUUGUUUCGCCCCUCCAGAGCCCAUCCUGCUGCUAUGCUUGGAGGAGCACUUUGGGCCACUGGAAAUAUAACAGCAGUCCCAGUUGUGAAGUUUAUUGGCCUUGGACUUGGAAUUUUGCUUUGGGGAUCCAGUGGAUUGCUAAUUGGAUGGACAAGCUCAAGGUUUGGCUGGUUUGGUCUGAAUCCAGAGGAAGUAUCCAAACCAAUACACAAUUAUUUUGGAGCUGGCCUUUGUCUGCUAAGCUAAUGAGAGAGUAGGCAAUGUGAUAUCCUUAAGCAUUAGUUGUGUGCAUAGUAUUUGAAGGCAGACCAUUAAAGGGAUAUUUCUUUGGUUAAUGAAGGCUGAGAUUUUAUUUUUAUUUAAUAAAUAUUGUGUCCUCAAAAGGAUGGCCAAAACCCACGGCCAUGGAAAGAAAAUGCUGCAGGCACACUGAUUUAAUAUGGUUAGACAAUAGUUCCAUCCUGAAAAUGUUUCUAGUUCACUUAGGAGUUACACCUCACAAAGAUCAUUUUGAGAUCAAAGAGCCACUGUCUUUACUCGCCUAAAAGUUUCUCUGAAAUUGAAAAUGUAAUAUACUAUGUAAGGCAGGAUAAAUCUCCUCCUAAGACCUGAAGUCAUUUUGUAUUGGAUCCACAGUUCCAUCUGAUUUUAUGGGAUAUGGAAUAAAAACAUCCUUACCUUUUAUUUAUUGUGAGAGAGAACCCUGUGGUACAGUUUUUGUGCAACACAAUCAUGUCUUUGUUUCAGUGCCAUCAUAUUCUUCUUUGUGAGAAGUGAUGUUCAGAAACGCACAUCUGCCGAAUCCAUGCCUUUGUUGAUUGAUGAUAGGGUAGGUUUGUUAGGGCUUUUCCUCAUUAAGAGCUAUUAUGAUUGUUUAUGCAGAAUAAUGUUUUGUGUAUUAUGUCUUGGAUACACAAAUCUUUGCUGAGAUUUUGUGCAUGCAUGCAUUCACACGUCUGUCUUCAGAGGUUGAAUCCAGACAGCACAAACCCCAGUGAUUCAUUGGUGGACACAAUUUUACCAAAGAGCAAGAGAGUAUUGUAAGUAUUUGUAGGCCCUAAGUUCCAUUCUUUUUGCAGUUUUCCUCAUAUUUCUAUUCCAUCAACACUGUACUGGAAAGUCUGAGUUUGAUGGCUUCUGUGCUAAAAUAUUGCACUUGUUUGUUUGUUUGUUUUUUAAUCAAUGCAUUUUUUUUAUAUUACCGUUUUGAAUUUACAUCUAUGGUAUGUUCAGUUUUAGAUUCUAGUAUUGUAAAAUAUCUGGAUGAUAAAGAUCAAAUCUAUGGAAUUGCAUAAUAUCCUCUUGUUACAGUGGCUGCAUUUUGGCUGUAAUUUCAGGUGGCCUUUAUGGUUCUGCUUUUUUACCUGUUUUCUUUAUUAAAGUCCAUGCCACAACCAAUUCAAGUAUGUUCACUGGUUCCAGUCAGAAUGGUAUGUGUAUUUGUUAAAUUAAAAGUGACAUGCCGUUGUACUACAGCUUAAUGAGAUAUGUUA